AUGCCCGGCCGGACACUGCCCACCUUCACCCUCGCCGAUGUCGAGUCGCACAAUUCCAGGCAGUCCUGCUUCGUCACGCUGGGAAAGAAUGUCUACGACGUGACCGACUUUCUCAACUCGCAUCCCGGUGGCGCCGACCUGGUGCUCGAUUACGCUGGCAAGGACAUUACCGACAUCCUCGAGGACGAGGCGUCGCAUGCGCAUUCCCCGGCGGCCUAUGAGGUACUCGAAGACUCGCUUGUCGGGUUCCUCUCCCCUGGAGACGGUUUGGCGGAUGGGAAAGCAACGUCGACGGCGACUGAGAAGGGCAACGGGACGGUCAAUGGCACAAACGGCACCUCACCACACCCCAGGACGGGCAUGUCGUGCGAGGAGGAUCUGACCAAGGAUACCGACAUUGCCUCGGACUAUAAGACGCACAGGUUCCUUGACUUGAGCCGACCGCUGUUUCCGCAGGUUUGGAACGGCGGCUUCUCCAAAGACUUUUACCUGGAUCAGGUCCACCGGCCGCGCCACUACAAGGGCGGAGCGUCCGCACCCCUUUUCGGCAACUUCCUGGAACCCUUGACCAAGACGCCGUGGUGGGUGAUUCCGGUGGCUUGGCUCCCGCCUGUCAUAUACGGCCUCUACCUGGCAAGCGAAGGAUUCACAAACCCCAUGGAAGAAGUGUUUUGCUUCCUGUUGGGCUUGUUUUUGUGGACUCUGAUCGAGUAUCUUAUGCAUCGGUUUCUGUUUCAUCUCGAUGAUUACCUCCCAGACAACCGAGUCGGCAUCACACUGCACUUCACCCUCCACGGCAUCCAUCACUAUCUGCCCAUGGACAAGUACCGCCUGGUCAUGCCGCCCACGCUGUUCCUUGCGCUCGCCACCCCUUUCUGGAAGCUGGCGCACACCAUUUUCUUCUGGAACUGGCACAUUGGCACUGCCGUCUACUGUGGAGGCGUCUUUGGUUACAUCUGCUACGACAUGACGCACUACUUCCUCCACCACCAGAACCUCCCGCUGUGGUGGAAGCAGCUCAAAAAGUACCACCUCGAGCACCACUUCCUCGACUACGAGAACGGGUUUGGUGUCACGAGCCCAUUCUGGGACAAGAUCUUUGGCACCGAGCUGGAGCCGCGAGUCAAGAAGAAUCUCUAG